GCCAAAAGGGGCGGUCUCUUCUCGUUUCCCGCGCGAAAUUAGUGCAUUUCCCUCCAAAAAUUUCAGAUGCUAUAUUAUUCACUGAUGGAUCUUCACUCCACUCAGAGCGGCUCUUCUCUGAGGACAUGAACACGGGUGUUCGUGCAUUAGUGUGGACGCACAACAGAGUAGUCUGCUGAAGUCGAGCUGCAGGAGAGGAAGCCUGGAAAACGUAUCAUGGCUGCAAGGUUCUGUGGAGUGUUUGUCCUCCUCACAGUGUCGCUCAGUGGACUGACUGCAUCAAGACCAGCUGUCAAUCAGGAGCUAUCUAAUCUUUUCAAUGAGCUGUGGAGGCUGGAUGUGAACCGCAUGACACCUGGGACAGACUACACAGUCUCAGUCCAGGGAAGAGCCAGUUUUGUGACCCAGGGCAGCCAUGUUGUGCAGGAUCACGCCUCGCUGCCUCUGUUCUCCAACGUUAAUGAGACCAAACUGAUGAACACGACCACCAUCGCCCGAUUCACCAAACUGUUGGACAACUAUGAGCGGUCCUCAGGCGUGGCCGAACGAGUCACAGCAGAGGAGCUGACAGAGAUUAAUCUCUUCCUGGAUGCCGUCUUACAGACAGAAGUCAUGAAGCGCGCUCACAGGUACCUGGUGAGCAAAGGGAAGUCCAGCUCUGACCUGAGGCAGUUUAAGAGUCAGCUGAACUUGAUCUGGUUCCAUCUCUACCACAGACAGAGAAACGCGGGCCUGGACUCAAGUGGGUUCGAGCAUGUAUUUGUUGGUGAGACCAGAUCUGGAUCAGAAAUCGUCGGUUUUCACAACUGGAUCCAGUUCUACCUGCAGGAGAAAAACAGCCACUUGGACUACAAAGGCUACAAGGCCAGGGACCAUGACUUACCUGAUCAAGACGACCACGUCCUGAACCUCCAGUUCAGCUGGCACGGUUUGGUGAAGCCCGUCGGCAGCGCCUUCAUCGGGACCAGCCCCGAGUUUGAGAUGGCGAUCUUCACCGUCGUCUUCCUCCUGAACACCGACAGGAGCACCACAGUGCUGGUCAACAUCGACCAGUGUCAGAUGGAGCUGGUGGUCAUCAGACACGGCCGCUCCCUCGGGACGGCGUACCCAAAACUGCUCAGCAGCAACAGCAGACACCUGAGGCAGCACUCGCACUGAUGUGGAGGUUCCUCUGAAGUGAUGCUCACAUCCUCGUCAUGUCCACGACCAAGAAUCUGAGGCCCCAGUGCGUUGUGGUUAAUACAGCAGAAAUAGUGUAAUGCAGGACUUAGAUGUGCACAUUUUUAACAGGAUGAUUAACUUGAUUUAUUCGUCAUGAUUUUUCAAUAAAAGUCGUUUAAUGUCCUCAGCAAAUAAAAUGA